UUCCAGUAAGGAUAUUUCGAGUUCAUCACUACAAGAACUAAUGGCGAUAUGACUGACAUGCUCCCCAACGCAGGUCAUAGACUAGAUAAAAGACGGUCAAAGGCUCUACAGAAGUGUGAUCAUCUACCUUCACAAAUAUAGGAAAUCAACUGAGCAAGGCGACCUAAAAUAGUUUUUUUAUUUUGAGAGGAGAGCUUUAAACAUGGUAAGGUUAGGAGACUUCCCGUGGAAUUUUCUUGCUAUCCUCCUCUUUGUGUUACUGGGUCAACACACCUAUGUUCUAUGUAAGUUUGCUUAUUCUUUUACACUGGAUUUUCAUGGCCCGUACGCACCACGUGACACCUAUAAUACAUCAUGUUAUGCUGAGGCAUCUGGUGAGGACAGUGUAUCAGAUGUGGACGUCUAUUUGAGUUUUGGUAGCAUAACUUACUGCAACAACAGCCAAGUGGUACCGGUGGGUAGAAAUCAGAGUUGUUCCGAAGCUACAGUACAGAACAGGACUACUUAUUAUUUUUCACUACCAGACCUCAGAAUUAGUGACAGUGGCACAUACUCGUGUAAAAUUCACAACAAGACAACGGGUGCACUCAAAAUCAGCAUCCACCAGAAUAUAAGUGUUGUUGACCCGUCUAGUAUUACAACUCAAACUCAAGUUCAUGUACCAACAACGCAAGCUGAUGGCACUGGAGGCUCCACGUCAAUUCAUACCCCAACCUUCUCCGUAUUUCUACUUGUGUUAGCAGCUUUAGCAUUUUAUACUGAUAAAUGAAUGUUCCUUUCUACAUCAUCGCAAGAGAAAUCCAACAUGUAAAAACAGAUCAUGCGCUUACCCAUAAGAUGAUUCUGAAAUUAUUUGAGACUGUUCGUUGAAUUUAAUUAUAUUGUUUUAUGCAAACAAAAUUUCGAAAAGUGAUUGAAAUGAAAUAGGUGAAGAUAACGAAGGAUACAAAUCUGUGAAGUUAAAUGUCAUGAUACACUCGACUGUUUCAAGUCAAUGGAGUAGCAAAGAUGGCGCCAAAAAUACAGAGAUGCGGGAAAAAACUUUUUUUUAUAGAGCAAUAGAAUUGGAAAUAGUAAAAUACAUCUUAUUCUUGAAACUUUAAGCUGAAAAUAUUAUUGAUGUUCCUUAAAAAUGUUCUCAUAUAGUUACCUACAUAUUUUUUUACGAAUAAGUUGUCUUAUUCAAGCUUGUAGGUGAGAGUAUAUCCAUGUAAAUUUAUAUACUUCACGCUGUAUAUACAUAUAAUACACUGUAUGUAUGGCAUAUUGAAACAAUGAUGAACAAAUUAUUGCAAGUAAUAGUAAAAAAUCAAUAUUGACUUUCUAAAACACGACAAUUUAUAUACAUGAGAUAUAGAAGUUGUACAUUUCUUUAAAAUUGUAUAAAACACUCGUAAGUUCAUGGUUAAAGG